AUGUUUUGUGCAGAUCAAUCAUCUAGAGAAGGCAGAUUAGUUCCUCCAAAUUAUGAUACUAUCGUUGAAUUAUUGAAGCUUGGAUCGAAAGCAAUGUUGGUCAUUCUUGGAUUAGGAUCAAUGGAGAUGAGAAAGUUACAACUGAAGAAAGAGAAGCACACAUGGUCUGUUCAGGUACUGAACGAGCUUUUUCGAGAGGAUAAGUUGUACAAGUACGAGAGCAGUGAGAUAAGUGGAGGGAGCCGCCCCAAGCUACGGUCUGCGUUUUCCGACUCCGAUGCAAUUAAUCAGCUUGGAGGCAGUGGGAAAGGGGAGCCCGCAUUUACUUCUAAACUGGAAAAGCCAGAGACACCCCUAUUAAUGGCGGCAAGGAAUGGCAUCACUGAAAUCAUGGAGAAAAUCUUACAUGAUUUUCCUCACGCGAUUCACGACAUAGACACGCAUAAGAAGAAUGUGGUGCUGUUGGCAGUGCAAUAUAGGCAACCGCAUGUUUAUCAGUUUUUGCUAAAGAAAAGGAAGAAAAACGAGGAACUAGACAGGAUCUUUCUCCAGGUUGAUGACCAUGGAAAUAGCGCAAGGCAUCUUGCAGCUGCCACGAUUGGAGAUUAUAAGCCUUGGCGCAUUCCAGGAGCUGCUUUACAAUUGCAAUGGGAAAUCAAAUGGUAUAAGUAUGUUAAGAAUUCCAUGCCACAAAACUUCUUUCGUCGCCUUAACGAUAGAAGCGAGACCCCGAAGGAAAUAUUCAACAAGUCACACCAAGAACUUGUUAGAAGUGGAGGCGCGUGGCUAACCAACACAUCCCAAUCCUGCUCCGUGGUGGCAGCCCUCAUUGCCACUGUCGCCUUCGCAACAUCAGCCAACGUCCCUGGCGGAAACGCGGAAAAAACUGGCACUCCAGUCUUCGAAAACCAGAUUGCAUUCAAAGUAUUUGCUAUCUCAUCUCUCGUGGCUCUCUGCUUCUCAAUCACUUCCGUUAUCAUGUUUCUUGCAAUACUAACUUCAAGGUACGAAGCCAAGGAUUUUCGCGAAGAUUUGCCAACAAAAGUUUUGCUUGGCUUAACAUCGUUGUUUGUGUCCAUAGCUGCCAUACUGCUAUGUUUUUGUGCGGGGCAUUUCUUCGUGCUUAGUGAUGAACUGAAGUUCGCAGCUUUUCCGCUGUAUGGAGUGACUUGCCUGCCGGUGACUUUUUUUGCUAUAGCACAGUUUCCAUUGUACAUUGAUCUCAUAAAGGCUACAUUGGCAACGGUGCCACAACGUAGGUACGCGGUGGUUACUACUGAAAGGGACACUAAUUCCUCUCCCAAAAGUGACGACUUAAAUCAACCUUCAAGUCGCAAAUCUCUACAGGAUCAAGGAAAUGGAGGCCAACCUUCAACAAAGCAAUCAACUGGAGACAAAACUACUCCGAAUCAAGAAACGAAUCAAGGCACUCAAAGCAUUACCUGAUCCUCUAUAUAUAUUCACUUACCAAACCUUUAUUGUUUGAUUUAUGGGUGCACAUUGCUUGUUAUUUCGGCCCUUUAUUUUCUUUCAGGUU